AUGAGUGCGGAUGGGGCAGACGGUCCGAAAGGAGUUCCACUAAACGAAUUGGGUAUUGAACAGCUCAGUCAACUACAGAAAAACAUUGAGCAAGAACUAGCAUUUUUUCAAGAAUCGGCCAAUACGCUCAAGGUUUUUUUCUCCAGUUGUGGUCAAUCUGGUUUCAAUUUUUUUUUUUGCUCAGGUUUUAAUGGCACGAAAUGACAAGAGUAUUUUUGCUUUGGCCGAUCUCAAAGUGGCUACGUCGAACCACCAAGCUUUAAUUCCUUUAUCGGAAUCUGUGAGUUUUUUUUCCUACGCUUUUUGAGUAGCAUCAUAUGAAUUGAGAAAAAGUUUGAAGGCACUACACAGCUCUGAUUUUGAAAAGAAAUUGCCUCCUGUGAAUUAUUUUUUCUUGAAGAUGUAUGUCCGUGCCGAAAUUGCUGAUCCCUCGAAACAGCUUGUGGAAAUCGGAACGGGUUACUUCGUCGAAUUAGAUCGGGAAAAGGCAAAGGCUGUUUUUGAAAGGAAGAAAGAGAAUAUAUUCAAACAGGUGAAUUCUGAUCUCGGCUAUUUAUGUGAAAGUUUUGAUUGUUUAGAUGGAGACAGUGGAAAAGAUCCUGACAGACAAACGAAGAACACGGGCGAUUCUCUCAGAAGCCUUCCAAGCGAAAGUUCAGUCUCAGAUCGCCGCCAUGGGCCCCAAGUAAUCGUUGAACUUUUUAUUUUUCUUUUUUUUUCGUUCCAUUUUUUUGCCUUUCCCCCCUCAAAUUUUUUUUGUCUGUUUCUUUUUUCAUUUUCACACGCUUUACCUUAUUUGUUCUUGUUGCUUGCUAACUUUUACUCCUUUUUCAUAAUGAAUUUUUAUGAAUUUUAUUCAGUAAUAAUUUAAAUGAAGAGACGUUUUCACCGCGGUUUAUUUGGUCGGAACUGUAUUUAGUACUGCUUUGAGAAGCUCUCAGAUGCGUACGGAUCCACUAUCUACAUGUGAGCUGCAGUUUUUCAAAGAGACGAUACAACAAGGACAAGUUUGGUUUUCGAAACACUGGACACCAAGAAGGAUUUGAUUAAGAGAUUAGAAGGACGGGGAAGAGAAGAGUUCCGAGAAGCGAAGCUUGUGGUUGGCGCCGAGUGUGGAACCGCCGUCUGUACCAUCGGCGACACUAAGUUUGUCGUUUUUCAAAAAUGUUUGGGAAUGAAGUUGGGGGAAUAAAACCUUAUUGGCUUUUACCCUCAUACCGUGUUCAAAGUGUUUCCGCGAAAUUCAAAAUAGACGCCAGAGAGUGAUAAAAGAUAACAACUUUUGGAGAGUAAGAGGAUUUUGUAUUUUGCAGAAAUUAAUUUGAGCACGUUGUUAAAAGUGUCUCAAAAGAGAAUCUUCAAUAUUUUGUUUGUUUGCGCCUUUUAAUAGACAAAGUCCACUGGACGGUUCGUUUUCUGUCUUUAAAAUAUUCUAAUCUAAUUUUUUAAAUCUAGAUUAGCUGCAAAAAAAAAUUGUUUUUCCUUUUUAUUUCUUGCUUAAAAUACACGCAAGACGGAGUCAGCAGUUGGUUUACCUUAAAAAAUUUAUUUCAAGGCUACAAGCGUUUCGAAAAUAAAAAAAACGAAACUGGAUAUGAAAAGUAGAUUGACGCUUGGCUCUUUUUGAACCGGGCCUUAGUUAGCGCGCAAAAGAAUUUCUUAUCUGAGUUAAUUUUCUCCAUUUUCUCAAAGUAACAUAUUAGGGAGAUGUUGCGCUUGAUCUCAUGCGUAAACUCUUUUCAUUAAAUAAACGAGUAAAUUGAUCUUUAAAUGGAUACAAAUCAAGGGUGAUGUGCGCUGUUAGUGCUGAAAUUUGCGAGCCGUCGUCGGGAAGACCUCAGAAAGGAGUUAUCAACAUCGAGGUCGACCUCAGUCCCAUGGCCAAUCCCGGUUUGAGCUUCCGAUUUUCUCUCAUUGCGCGAGAUUCGCAGCUCACGAGCACGACCGUCUUGGUCAGAAGGGAAUGGAGCUGACACGACUCCUCGAACUCGUCAUCCGCGACUCCAGAUGUGUCGACGUUGAGGUUGGCUGAUCAGAAGUCGUCCAUUUAUUCAUUCGAUUUCAUCUCUUCUUCGAUUUUCCAGAGUUUGAAGAACCGAAAUAGAAUGAGCUAAUAGGUCGUUCAAGCGGUACGAGAAAUUAAAUAUUUUCACCAUGAUAUUUUUCAAUUAGCAAUAGUAAAUUGAGUAUAUGAUGUUCUUCCGGAGCUUUACUUAUAGCGGUAUUUUCCUCUAAUAAUGGAAAAAAAAACAUUUCUCCUUCCGUUCUUAACUCAGUUCUUCCUAGUGGGAGUUAAUGUAGAAGAGAGAAAACUAUAUAAACAAAAAAAAGUAAAAUGAUUCAAUAUACUCUCUGGUCUAUUUCUCACCUCCUUGAAUCAUUCUUAUUUUACAAAUUUUGAAGAUUCUCAAAAUUUUAGUCACUUUGUAUUCGGAACGGAAAAGAAGUUUGGAAGUUGCGAGUGGACGUGCGGAUUCUGGACGAAGACGGCUCAGUUCUGGACUGUGCCUGUCUGGCCGCCGUCACCGCCCUCCAGCACUUCAGAAGACCCAACGUCACCCUCGAACCUCACCAUACCAUCAUUGUUGGUUGUCCCUUCGCCAUCCUGACAUCUUCAAUUUUCUCAGCACUCGGAAUGGGAAAAGGCGAUGGUUCCGCUGAACAUCUACCACAUGCCGAUUUGCGUCACCUUCGGGUUCUUGAGGGAUGGGUUUGUCUUUCUUUCUGACGGCCGUUGACCUUUUUCCCGAAGAAACGUCAUGCUGGUGGAUCCUUCGGACAAAGAGACGCAGUGCGUUUCCGGCUCUCUAGUCAUCGCCUGCAACAAAAGAAGGGAGAUUUGCGCUCUUCAUCAGUCUACCAACUUUGUUCUUACUACAACAAUGGUUAUUUUCUUUUUUGUUUUUGGAAGAAUUGAUUUGGUUUUUUUUUAAAUGUAUCAAUUCGAAAGUUCUUUUCGAAGUCUGUCAAAACGGCUGAAGUCAUUCAAAGUAGGGUCUUUUUUUAGAGAAAAAAAGCUCUUUAGUCUGCUAUUAGGAGAAACAAAUAUGAAACGAGAUGAAUACGAUGUUUUAAAUAUGAAAAAGCUCCGAAAGUAGUCUCAAAUCGUUCAUUUUUUAAACGUGUAUAAUAUUUUUAUAGACCUCAAGAUCAUCUUCUCAAACUGUAGCCAGAAUAAAAUUUAAAACACUCGAUUUUCUGAUGAUGCUGAUUUUCCUAAACGUUUUAAAAUUCCAAGAAGUUAGAGAAUUUUCGUGUCAAGGAAGAUGAGGCGAUUUUGUGCAGAUGAACCAUUGUGUGAAGUUGGCGAUGCUGAGAGCAGAGUCGCUGUCGGAACUCGUCCAGGAAAUAAUACGAAACGAUUCGCGACAACGCAGCGCCUACUGCAAACCCGAAGGAUUCGCAAUAUCUAUUCCCAAGAAACUCCUUAACUGCGGCAGUCGUCAGCCGCAGAUCCUGAAUCCGCCGAAGCCGCUGAUCGCAGGGCCGGUCGAUGACACGGCCGCCCACUCGUCCACUUUCACUGUUGUCUGUUUUCUCUUGCAAAUUUCAGAGUGUUUCUCGAGUUUGCAGGAAAAUAGCCUGCGAGAAGAUGCGGUUAAACUAGAAGAGAUCGAUGAGGAUGACGUCAUAGCCACUCAACUGGAAGCAAUCCAAAAAAACGUCCAGCAGGUUGAGGUGGACACGAAAUCUUCUGCAAAGCCAAACAACAGAAAGGUUUGUCAUUCGAAUUGCAUUACCUGAAAUUUUGACGGUGAAAUUUUCAGGUAAUGAACCUCAAAUGAUUUUUUUUGACUGUGUAAGAAUCAUAAAAAGCAUAUUUUUAAGAGAGAAGUGGAAGAAGUUGACGAACUUCUCGAUGGCCUCGAUGAUCUCGAUGAAGGCGAUGUAACAACUUUAGAACCUAAAGAAACUUCAGACGAUGACGAUGGAAUGGAUUUGUUGAAAGCUAAGAAGAAAAAGAUUUGA